GUGUGUUAAUCUUGUUCAUUUCAGGAGGCUGCUCUGUUCCUUUAUGAGGCAGCUAAGGGAUGUGGGAGGGACGGGGGCGUGUUGUGUACAUGGACUUCCUGUAAAAUGUCCUCGGCACUACUGGAGUGCGUGGAAUAAAGGACGCCCUAGGUUUAACGCAGGAGGGAAACCUUGAGAUUAGUGAAAUUGAAAGCACAGUGCGUCUGCCCAGCGUGGAGAUCCCUUUUUCUGUUAUUGCUUGGAAACUACCUUUUCACCAUUCCCAGCUCUGUCUGGGGCUUUUCAUGGAAACGCACACCUUUUCCAUGAAAGAUAUUACAGAAUUCAAUUCUCCUACAAUAUGUCAGCAGUAACUAAAUUCUGUUUGUUACAGAGCUGUACUGGAUUGCUUUUGGACAGGUGCAAAGGUGUGAUUGCAGGGUAGGACCAGUGCAACUGCCCUGUGCAGUAUUGACUACUGACUGUGAUUACUAAUUAACACAGUGUUUAGGAGCCCCGUUUAUAUACUGGGCAAUCAUAUCUCUGCCCUUCUGCCCUUGUAGUAAGACGCGUACAUUAAAAUAAACUGUUGGCACACAACAGGUAGAGGACCUGACUGCUUGGAAUCUCAAUGUUGACAAAUGUCCCUUACUGUAGGGGUCUUAAUAGCAUAGACUGAGCUUUGCUAUCUUGUCUGUUUCAGGGAUUGUUUAGUGGUUUUUGGAGGUUGAGAGGGGGACUUUGUUUAAGUGGGUAUUUUUACACACAUGAAUAGAUUGAUAUGAGAAGAGGGCAAUCGUCAGGAGUCGGGGUUGUACUUGCACUGAAUCAUUUGAAAGUUCCUGUGCAAAAUCCCAGACGGUCUUUUCUGUAAAGAGAAAUCGUGCGUUCCGUCAAACUGCAGAUGGAGAUUCCUAUUCCUGCUGCGCUCAGGCCACAGCGAGCAGCCGUAGUGUCAACAGCGAGGCAACUUCUCCCUUUAGGUGGAAUUUUUUCUGCUGUGCGCUGUGCAGAAAAUUAGGGACUUUCCUCAGCAGUGAGAUAAAAGUGGAUGGAGACCUGAGCCAGGACCACAUUUAGCAUGUGGAGCUGCAGGAGCACAACACAGUGAGAGCUACUGGAGGAGAUUUCUGUUCUGAAGGUUGCCGACCUGGGCUGGAAUUAAAACCAAAAAACAGGCGCACAGGAAAAGAUCCGACUUUCUGUUGUUGAAGUUAACAUUUCAAGGUCUCCUGCCCACCUGCCUCUCUGAUUUGCUCUCCACCGCCAGCAAAGCCUCGUCGCAGAAAUAGAAAUAUCUUUGACAAAAGAGAAGAAGGAGCAGGAGACGGCGUUAAAUGACCGACUCGGCUUAGUCCUGGGAGAAAUGCAAAAGUGUGGUGAACCGACAGUCAGUUCAGGAUCUGAGAGCUAAAAUGGAGUCCAGCAGAAGAGCGUACUGGACCGCGGGAAUGUCUGUGCAGGGCUCUCUGGAGCCCGUUGGUCCGUUGGAAAGUGUGGCGCGUGCCCAGGCUGGGCAGGACACCCUGCAGACUGGGCUGGGGGUCAUGUCAUCGGGCCGGAAUGCGGAAGUGCCCCGCGAGCUGCAGGUGCCCCUGCACCACCGCCUGGCCUCCCUGCCCAACCCCUCCCUGUCCCAGCGGGCCUGGGCCGAGCCGGGCCUCCUGCCCCCCCACGGAGGCUUCCGGGACCGCUUCGUCCUCCCGCCCGAGGACAAGUACCGCUGCGAGUCCUGCCGGCUGGUGCUGUGCAACCCGCGGCAGACGGAGUGUGGGCACCGCUUCUGCGAGACCUGCAUCGCCGACCUGCUCAGCAAACCAAAUGCAGUGUGCCCAGCAGACGAUGAGCCUUUGUUUGCAGACAAGAUAUUUAGGGACGUGUGCUGCCAUCGAGAGAUUAUGGCGCUCAAGGUGCACUGCAGGAGUGAAAAGAACGGGUGCAAAGAGCAGAUGAGUUUACAAACCGUUAUGGAUCACCUGAAUGCGUGCCCGUAUUUUGAAGUCCCCUGCCCCCUUGGUAAAUGUAAGGAGAAGAUGAUGAGGAAGGACAUGCCUGAGCACUUGAACUGGAAGUGCAAAUACCGGGAGGAGACCUGCCAGUACUGCAAGCGGAAGAUGGCGGUCACAGAGAUACAGAAACACAAAGAGACUGUAUGUCCUUCCUAUCCAGUGCCCUGCCCCAAUAAAUGUAGUUACACUGCUAUUUUAAGGAGUGAGCUCCCUAAUCACCAACAUGAUUGCCCAAAUGCCCAGACUAACUGUGUGUUCAGUCGCUAUGGAUGCACGUUCAAGGGUCUCAAUCAGGAAAUGAGGGCCCACGAAGCCAGUUGUAUUUCGGAUCACCUCAAGCUUAUGGUCACCAGGAACCUUGCUUUGGAAACCAAGAUGGAGGAUGUGAAGAGGGAACUUAACGAGCGGCACAAAGUCCUGCCGGGGCUCCACGCUCGCCUCACGGAGAUGGAAACGCGGUAUGAUGAAAUCCGAGAAAAGACCAAGCAAAUGGAACUGAAGAUCGGAAGCAUCCAGAAGCUGGCCAGCUCGCACUCGGAGAAGCUGCUGGAGAUGGAGAUGGAGGUCCGGUCCAUGCGGAUGGCCCGGGAGGAGAUGGAGACGCUGCGCGGGACGAUGGAGGCCAUCCGCAGCCGGGUCACGCUGCUGGAGGGGGGCCGGGUCGUGCCCAGCACCGGCACACACACACUAGGCACUUUAGAGACGCAGAUCUCCCGGCACGACAACAUGCUGAGCAUGCACGAGAUCCGCCUGGCCGACAUGGACCUCCGCUUCCAGGUCCUGGAGACCGCCAGCUACAACGGCACGCUCAUCUGGAAGAUCCGCGACUACAAGCGGCGGAAACAGGAGGCCGUGGCCGCCAAGACCCUGUCCCUGUACAGCCAGCCCUUCUACACGGGGUACUUCGGCUACAAGAUGUGCGCCCGGGUCUACCUCAACGGGGACGGGAUGGGCAAGGGCACGCACCUGUCUUUGUUUUUCGUGGUGAUGCGCGGGGAGUACGAUGCCUUGCUGCCGUGGCCUUUCAAGCAGAAAGUGACGCUCAUGCUGAUGGACCAGGGCUCGUCCCGGAAGCACCUGGGGGACGCCUUCAAGCCAGACCCCAACAGCAGCAGUUUCCGGAGGCCGGUGGGGGACAUGAACAUUGCCUCGGGCUGCCCGCUGUUUGUGGCGCAGACGGUGCUGGAGAACGGGACGUACAUAAAGGACGAUACCAUAUUUAUUAAAGUGACAGUCGACACCUCUGACCUGCCUGACCCUUGACCUCUGUCCCAGCCCGUGGGGCAGCUGUCAGAUGGCAGCGCAUGCGAAUAGAGCAACAGCGGCUCAAGGGUGCUCCUCUGUCCCACAGGACGGAGGCGCGUCCCAGGGGAGAGAAGACCCCAGACAAGACAGCCGUAAGGGGCACUGGGGGACAAGAGCUGGGUCAGCAGGCUACAGGAACACAGUGGAUCUUUCACAGGGGUUUGAAGGUUCAUCGGUGCUCAAGAUACAAGUUAAUAUAACAAGUUAUGCAGAAGAGAGAGAGCUUGUUUUUUUUUUAUGAGAUAGUACAGUUUGCUGUCUUUCCCCAGACCUGCAGAGCAGAGGCUGCAGCACACUCUCACCGUGACUACCCCCAGAGUUAUCGUUAGGGUCCUGAAGGGUCAGGGGUGGAGGGGUGCGGCCCAGUGCAUUUGGGACGAGUGGAGUUGUGCACAGCUGGAGUGGCUGUAUGCCGAAGGCCGCAGGACAGCCCCAGCAAGAGCCGGUGUCGUACACAAACCGGAUGGAAGGAACCUGGGCGAGGUACCCUGAAUCGCUGCCAUGGAGUCAGCUGUAAGACUAGGGAUCGAGCACCGAGGCCGUCCUGCGCAGAGCAAUAACAAACUGUCUUCCAUCUGUGCUAAACCAGUGAAAGUUCCUACACAUGUGCUCUUAAUGUGAUGGACAGAUCAAGUUGAUCUCCACAUUAUUUAAAGUCAAGACUCUGCAGCUUUUACCUGAGAUUUUCAUAAACACCAUAUUGGCCUUUAAAGUGCUGUUUUGUUUUUAUAGGCAUCUUAACAAGACCUUUGAUUAUAAUCAAGAAUAGCUGUACCUUGCUCUCGUUAGUAAUGAGAAAAAUGUCUGAAGUUCUUUUUCAAGGCUUUUUUUUACCCCCUGUACUUUGGAGGUUUAUCAAAUUUGAAACACUUCUUAAUCCAAGGUAUCGGCAAUAUUUUUGUUCAGGUGUGAAUUGUUAACGCGUUUAUUAUUGCAAUUCCAAGCACCAGAUCUGUUCUGAGGUAUCUGGGAGAUUUUGAGAAUCCUGUGAUGAGAUGUGCAUUGUAUCUGUCUCUAAAAUUAGUUGGCCUUUUCAGACAUCUGUAUUGUAGAAAUCUGGGACAUGUCACUCCUUGUCAGUGGGAGUAGGUGUGCUGAGGGCCCUGGGGCACUGCUUGUUCCUUUCCUGCACUGCAGUGCGCUGUAUCCCUAUACAGCUGUUUGCAUUGCUGUUUGCCAGAUAACUUUAUAUGCACCCUGGAAUUGUGAUGACUUUUCUGUGAUUUACAAAGUGUAGCUAAAGCUGUGUGAAAUUCAUGGGUGGAUUCAAACAAAUGGUUAUCUUGGUUUUCAGUUCAAGACCUCAAGACGUUAGUCAAGCCACAGUAAUAUUAUUAUAAUUAUAAUUAGCAUGCCAAAUCAGUACCACAUCAAUAACUGUUGGAGUGAUCUCUUUCAUUGCUUAAGUGCCACCAAUUAAGAGAGCUGUACAAGCCGAAUUCAAAGAUGUCGUUUUUGUUUAAAAAGGUUUGUGUAACUUCAGUCAUUCAUAAGAGUGUUAUUUAAGCGAGUAAUAGACACUUGCAUAAAUAACAAAAUCGCUACAAUUUCAGUUACCUUUCAGAAAUUGACAUAAGUCCCAAUUAGGCCUUUUGCUCAACAGCAAAUAGUGUUGCUUAAUUAGCCAGGAGUAGACAUUAAUAACAUGCUUUUCAAAUCUUUAUUUUUCUGUUGUUCAAGUGUAAUUACUUUAAAGCCUAUUAAUGAGCAGUUCCUCUGACUCGGCUAUAUUGCAUCAGUCAUGUUUUUGACUUUUCAUUUGGGCUGGUUGAGCAAUUAAGCAGCAAUAUUCAAUUUUGCAAAGACGUGAAUGAUACUUUGGCAUUGAUUUUAAAUGGGUUUUAAAACUCGUCCUGGCUCAUAGUGACCCAAAAGCUUACAGAGCCAUGUGAUUACAGAUGAUGGAAAGUAUUUACACAUUUCUUCUAAGGCAACACUAUUUCAAAACCGUGAAUACCUAGGAUUAGUCACAGGGGUGAAAAUGUGAAUGGUCUUCAGCAGUGGUAUCAGUCUUGGUGGCUUAUGAUCACUGAUGUAUGUUACUGAUUUAGCAGUGAUUUCAAAAACCAAGCCCUUCUUGGGCAGCUGGCCAGAGAACAGGGAAUUCCAAUGAGUAAUAACUGUGCCUUAUUAUGGGAGGUGAAAUCUAAGUUGCUAACAGCAAGAGUGCUGAUUGCUCAAUAAAAACUUGAUUAACAUUUUGAGGUUUUGGACUCACUGGGUAAAUUGGUUGAUUGAAACCCACCAGUUAAACUUGCUAGACCUGUCAUAAUACACAAAACCAGUAUAAUAGAUGCUGUGCAUCGUUGUUUACAUUUUACAAAAGUUGAAAUAAUUACUCUAUUCAUAACUCCAGCCACAGCUAACAAGCGAAAUUAGAUGAAACCUGUUAAGUCUGGUGGUUGAGGGAGAGUCACUUUAUUUGCACAAUUUAUUUCUGAAUGUAUAAUACAUAGGAAAAUUUGUUGUCAUUUUGAGACAAUUCAAAACAGUAGUUUUCAUAAAUGUAGUACCGACUAUUUUGGUAUUACUGGAAAAUCUGUUUCUAUGUUUCUUAUUAAACUUUUGGUUUAAAA